AUGUCCUCCACAACCACCAGCCCCAAGCCUCUGCCCAACCCUCGCCUCGUUCGCAACGGCUACGACGCCGACGGCCUCUCCGUCUUCACCCACGACGCCGCCCUGCCCACCUACACGCCCUUUGGCCCGCAGGGCAGCGCCUUUGCCAUCUUUGACCGGCGCGACGCCGUGCCCGCCAACAACCUCGACCCGAUCCCCUCCUUCGGCGAGGCGCUCCCGCGCUGCGCGCCCGGCGGCGUGCUCUUCUGCAUCACCGACAUCAAGCCCCAGGCGCGCGUGCCCAUGCACCGCACCCUGAGCCUCGACUACUUUUGCGUCCUGGCCGGCGAGGUCGUCCUGGUGCUCGACAGCGGCGAGGAAAAGACGCUGCGGGCGGGCGACUUUGUGGUGCAGCAGGGCGCCAACCACUCGUGGUUCAACGCGUCCGAGGAGGUGUGCCGGAUUCUGUGCUCGGUGGUGGGUGCGGAAAAGGUGCAGCUGGCGGAUGGUCGUGUGUUUGAGGAGACGGCCUUCAAGGGCUUGCCAAAAUAG